CGAGGCCGGGCCAAGGCCAGACCUGCUGGGGGCAAGCCUCAGCGGGCGGUAGGUGGUGAGGCUGCGACCCUCGCUGCCCAUCGCCCCUACCCCGCCGCUCACCCGGCCACCGCUGACAGGAGAGAUUUACAGAUAGUGUUUGAGAGUCAUGGAGCUUUUAGGUUCUACUUUAACGGCAACCUAUGCCCACCCUAGACCAACACCAACCAGCUUUCUACCAGCCAUCAGUGCCAUGGCAUCAAGCUACAGAGACCGCUUCCCACACUACAAUUUGACCCACAGCCCGAGCCUGCCUUGGAGACCAAGCACAUACUACAAAGUGGCUUCCGACUCGCCGACCUUGGCACCCUACUGCACCAGAUCUCAGAAGGUGUCCGAAAGUACCAUGCUCCCCUUUGUUUCCAACAGAAACACGCUCUUCACAAGGUAUACGCCUGAUGAUUGGUACAAGGCCAAUUUAACUAACUACCUAGAAUCCAACACUUCCCGACAUAAUUCAGAGAGACUAAGGGUAGAUACGUCUCGUCUCAUUCAAGACAAAUAUCAACAGUCAAGAAAAACCCAGGCAGACUCCACCCAAGAUCUGGGAGAACGAGUGAAUGACAUAGGAUUUUGGAAAUCUGAAAUCAUUCAUGAGUUGGAUGCAAUGAUUGGAGAGACAAAUGAACUAACUGAUGUCAAGAAAAAGCUGGAGAGGGCUUUGAUGGAGACAGAAGCCCCUCUUCAGGUUGCCCGAGAAUGUCUGUUUCAUCGAGAGAAAAGAGUGGGGAUUGAUCUUGUUCACGAUGAAGUGGAAACAGAACUCUUGAAGGAAGUUGACAUCAUUCUGUGUUGUCAAGAAAGGAUGAAGCUACAUUUGGAUAAGGCCAUUGCCCAACUUGCGGCCAACAGAGCUUCCCAGCACGAGCUGGAGAAGGACCUGAGUGACAAACAGGCAGCGUACCGGAUUGAUGAUAAAUGCCACCAUCUGAGGAACACGUCGGACGGUGCCAGCUACUUCCGUGGGGUGGAGAGGGUGGAUGCCACGAUCUCAGUGCCCGAGUCCUGGGCCAGAUUUACAGAUGACAAUAUUCUCCGCUCCCAGAGCGAACGAGCAGCCUCUACCAAGCUGAGAGACGACAUUCAGAACCUCCUGGUGGUGACCACCAAUGAGAUGUGGAAUCAGUUCAACAAAGUGAACUUGGCUUUCACCAAUCGCAUUGCUGAGACUGCAGAUGCUAAAAAUAAGAUUCAGAUUCACUUAGCAAAGACCCUGCAGGAGAUUUUCCAGGCUGAAAUGACCAUAGAGUCCAUCAAGAAGGCCAUCAGGGACAAGUCUGCCUUCCUGAAGGUGGCUCAGACCAGACUGGACGAGCGGACAAGGAGACCGAACAUUGAGCUCUGCCGGGACAUGGCUCAGCUACGCCUUGUUAAUGAGGUGUAUGAGGUGGACGACACCAUCCAGACCCUGCAGCAGCGCCUGCGGGAGGCGGAGGACACCCUGCAGUCGCUGGUCCACACCAAGGCCACUCUGGAGCAUGAGCUGGCAGUCAAAGCCAAUUCGCUGUACAUCGACCAGGAAAAAUGCAUGAGCAUGCGCAAGAGCUUCCCCAAUACCCUCCGGCUGGGGGGCUUCUGUUAGGGACCCGGCCAGGAGCGGGUCUGUGACUCCUCUGGGAAAGCAGUACCGGAGCCCUGUUGCAGCAUUGAAACUGAGUGCUCACAUACUCGCUUAUUAGAGGACUGUACUGAUAGAAAUGUACCAAAUCUCCUGUCUUGGAAAGCCUCUUGUUUGAAUCCAACCUUAAUUUCCUAUUUACUAGGCUUCUGGGUGAUGGGAAAGAUAUAAAGAAAUUAAUCAAUUUAGCCAUGUCAACAUCAUUUUUUAAAAACCUCCCCUGUCUAUCUCUAAAAACAAUAAAUACUGCUUGUGGACAUUUUCAGAGAAUAUAGAUUAGUAAAAGAAGAAAUUUAAAAACUUCCAUGUUUCUAAACCAGGUAUUUUCACUUACAUAGAUCUAUUUUAUUUUUGCAUUCAUAUACAGAAUCACUCUGAAUAAAGUAGCCUACAUUUAUAAUGCCCCUAUUAUGGAUCAGAUACCUCAAUGCGUUUUUGCUUUUUCCACUUAAUAAAAGGUACACUUUCCAUGUCAUUAAACACCUUUCCACAAAUUCAUUUUAAUGGCCCCCCCCUCUUUUUUAAAGAAUUAAUUUGACCAAAAAUCAACUGGAAUUGGGCAGCAUGUAAUUUAACAGAUAGAAAGGAGCUCUGAGGAGCUGUACAAAGUGAAGAACUUUAAUAGGCAGAAGGGAACAGGAAGAAGAAGGUUACAAUAGGCAAACAAAGCGGGUUGGCUAUUGCAAAGUUACUUUAAAAUAUACCAUUGUACUGAGGUUCUAGAAUGUUCUACAACCAAUUUCCCAUUACUGGCUAUCUAUAUUGUGAUGUAUUCUUCCCUAUCAUAAACAAUGUGGUCAGGAUUUAAUCUUGCUAGCUAAAUGUUUGAAAACAUCUUUAAUAUUUUCCUAGAGAUGAGUUCCUAGAUAUCAAAUUUGAAUCAGCAAUUAUGCACAUUUGAAAAAAAGGCCUUCACAGUAUGUAGUCAAGUUGUCCUCCUGAAAGUUGGUGUUACUCUGUACACCUGCCAGCAGGCUAAGAAGGCCUGUCUUUCUGCAUCUUUCAUAAUGCUUUGUUAUCUUUUUUAUUUUUACCAUUUAGUAGUGUAAAAAUGGCCUUGUUGCUUUAACCUCUUGUUCUUUGGAAGCUAGUGAUGUUGAACAUUGUUCGCUGGGCUCUUGAAUUUCCUCUGUUAAUUGCUUGUCUUUGUUAUUUGGUGUUUCCCCUAUUUAUCUUUUUCCUUGAAUUUAUUUUUAAGAGUUCCCUGUAUAUCACUCAUAUGACACUUUGGUACUUAAGUGCCACUUGCCUUUAUAUUGUUUAUGGUUUUUAAUGUAUGGCAGGUGAAAUGUAUAAAUGGCUCCUUUAUGAUAUAUUCAUGCCUUUGGAGUUACACCUGGAAAGUUCUUCCUCAUCCCAAGAUUAUUUACUUACAGCUUCUUCUAAUUCCACUGAUGAUUUUGUAACUUACAUUUAACUGUGUGGAACUUGGGUGUUUUGAACAGGAAGCUCUGACACAGGAAGACGAGGUCAUCAGAGGGGAAGUUCGUCUCUCCUUUCCCUAUUUCUUACUACUUACAUGCUGGCCAGGUUGACAUCUUCUCUCUUCACCUCUUGCUCCCUCUAACCACUGUUCAUUAACCCCCAAGCCCCGUUUCUCUCUCUGUUUCUUAAAAGUUUUUUCAGACCUUGGCAAGCAACUUCACAGAACUUCCUGAAGUGCUCAUAGAGUUGACAUGAACACAACAAGCUUGUGCUAGGUUUAUUUUCAUGGUCUCAGUUUAUCAUUUUGGAAAUCAAACUGUAGGUUUUGUCAUUCUCCCUUUGUUUCUAAUGGAAACAAAGAUAUAUAAGAGCCAUGAAAACAGCAAUUAGAGCAAUCAAGUGUUGAUAGUCAUCAUUUUUAGGCAACAGUAAGAAUAAGUGUGAAUUCCACAUGUCUCUUUUUGUUGUAUGUUCUGGGGAAAACCUUGCCAACUUUUUCCUAGAAUUACAGUUUUUGCUAUCUUUUUUGAGGACUCUAUGCUGAGUCCUUUUAUUUAAACGUGUAUUCCCAGCAUUACAAAAAUGUGAUGGGAAGAAAAUGUAGUUCAUCAUAGAAAAAGGUUGGUUUUCUUGUUAUUUUGGUAACCUGUGGGCAAGGCUAAAUUCCACAAAUACACAUCUGGUUCUAGUCUAAAAUGCUGCAGCCACUUCACCAGGGGAAAUAUCCUAAUGCUGAAAUCCCUGAGAAGCCAAGACUCACAAAGUGAGAUUCUGUUUAAGAAUCACUGACUGCUAUACAAAUAUCAACACAUGCUAUAGCUUUAUAUAUUCAGGGCCAGACUAUCCUUAAUAUUAUGUGGUUUUAAGAAGAGCUGCUGGAAUGUCAAAGGCUUCCACCUACCCAGGCAUCAUUCAGAUUUAGAAAUGUGUGUAACUGCCCCUAAAUAGUCAAGUCAUCUGUAAUUUUAGUAAUUUCCAUUUAUAUCUGUGGACAGUGUUGUCAUAAACACCUCACCUGACACUUUUGAGUACUGAGUUUGUGCUGUAAAUAGCUGAGCUGGGGUCUGGUUUGCAGUUAUAAUUUCUGUUUCACACUGAAAACAGGGAUGGAUUCCUUCCCUUUGUAUACAGGGCUGACCCAAAACACCUAGGAUGAGGUGGAGCUGCUGCUCAUAGUCGAGCCCCAGAUCUCCCCUGUCAGUCUCCCUCUCUGAGCCCCAGCCCCUAAAUUGUUUCUGACAGCUCUGAAUUCACCAUUGGCAUGAUCACCAAGACCAGCCUUCAUGUAGAGUGCUCCGAGGAUACUUUCUGAACCCUACAUAUUCAUGCAUUCAUGGGGGAAAGAGACAAUACUUACCUGUUUACCAGGGAUGGAAAAUAUGUUUCACCUUGAGGACCAGC